AGCGGGGCGCGGCUGUGUUCUGGGCUCCGGCACUGACAGCCUCGCCCCCGCCUGGCCGCCGCGGGCUGCUGCCCAAAGUAGCCCCGCGCCUGGGGAGCGGCGCCGGCGGAGCCUCGCGCGCCCAGCCACACAAUGGCUUAUUCUGAGGAACAAGGAGGCAUUCCCUGUGGUUUCAUCCGCCAGAAUUCCGGCAACUCCAUUUCCUUGGACUUUGAGCCCAACACAGAGUACCGGUUUGUGGAGCAAUUGGAAGAGCGCUACAAAUGUGCCCUCUGUCGCUCAGUGCUUCACAACCCCCACCAGACAGGCUGUGGGCACCGCUUCUGCCAUCACUGCAUCCUGUCCCUGAGAGAAUUAAAUGCAGUGCCACUCUGUCCUGUAGAUAAGGAAAUUAUCAAAUCUCAGGAGGUGUUUAAAGACAAUUGCUGCAAAAGGGAAGUCCUCAAUUUAUAUGUAUUUUGCAAAAAUGCUCCUGGAUGUAAUGUCAAGAUUAUUCUGGGACGAUUCCAGGACCACCUUCAGCAGUGCUUAUUUCAAGCUGUGCAGUGUUCUAAUGAGAACUGUCGGGAAGUAGUCCUUCGGAAAGAUCUGAAAGAGCAUGUGAGCGCAGACUGCCAGUUUCGAGAGGAAAAAUGCCUUUAUUGCAAAAAGGAUGUGGUAGUAAUCGAUCUACAGAAUCAUGAGGAAAACUUGUGUCCCGAGUACCCAGUAUCUUGUCCCAACAAGUGUUUGCACCUUAUUCCAAGAACUGAGGUGGAUGAACACCUUGCCGUGUGUCCUGAAGUGGAACAAGACUGUCCUUUUAAGCUCUAUGGCUGUACUGUAAAGGACAAACGGGGGAAGCUGCAGCAGCAUGAGCAUUCUGCCUUACGGGACCACAUGCUUCUUGUUUUAGAAAAGAACUUCCAAUUAGAAGAACAGAUUUCUGAUUUAUAUAAGAGCCUAGAGCAGAAAGAAAGUAAAAUCCAGCAACUAGCAGAAACUGUAAAGAAAUUCGAAAAGGAAUUCAAGCAGUUUGCACAGCUGUUUGGCAAAAAUGGAAGCUUCCUCUCAAACAUCCAGGUGAGAAGUCGUCACGUUGACAAGUCUGCUUGGCUAGAAGCGCAAGUGCGUCAAUUAUUACAAAUGGCUACCCAGCAACAAAAUAAAUUUGAUAUGAGGCCUUUGGUGGAAGCAAUUGAUACAGUGAAACAGAAAAUUACCCUGCUAGAAAGCAAUGAUCAAAGAUUAGUUGUUUUAGAAGGGGAGACAAACAAACACGAUGUCCACAUUAACAUCCAUAAAGCACAGCUGAAUAAAAAUGAAGAGCGAUUUAAACUGCUCGAAGGUGCCUGCUAUAAUGGAAAGCUCAUCUGGAAGGUGACUGACUACAGGAUGAAGAAGAGGGAGGCACUGGACGGGCACACGGUAUCCAUCUUCAGCCAGCCGUUCUACACCAGCCGGUGUGGCUAUCGGCUCUGCGCGAGAGCAUACCUGAAUGGGGAUGGGUCCGGGAAGGGCACGCACUUGUCGCUGUACUUCGUGGUGAUGCGAGGGGAGUUUGACUCACUGUUGCAAUGGCCGUUCAGACAGAGGGUGACCCUGAUGCUUUUGGACCAGAGUGGCAAAAAGAACCACAUUAUGGAGACCUUCAAGGCUGACCCCAAUAGCAGCAGCUUUAAAAGACCCGAUGCUGAGAUGAACAUUGCCUCUGGCUGUCCUCGCUUUGUGCCUCACUCUACUUUGGAGAAUGCCAAGAACACCUACAUUAAAGAUGACACCAUGUUCUUGAAAGUGGCCGUGGAUUUAACUGACUUGGAGGAUCUCUAGUCACCGUUUCUGGGGUGACAAAAGACUUCUUGGGUCCAGAACCUUGGAAGACGAAACCUUUAUCAUAGUGACUAAAUUUAAACUCAGUACACAUUUGUAUUCGGCUUUUUGCCCUUAGUGUUUGAAGUCAGUCUAAAACUUCCUAAGUGCUGUCUUCUUUUUACAUUUUACUUGGUCCCAAUUUGAAACUUAAAACACUUAGGAUAUCCUCUCAUUAUUUAUAUUUUUCUAGCUCUUGAAAGAUGGUAAGUUUCUUGACCAUGCUGGUUUGGGGCUUAUCUCUUUUACUGGUGCUUAGCGUGGGGUCUCAGGGGGGCACUCCACAAGGUUAAAUGUUAUUGAGGACACAGACGUUGAAUUCCCAAUUGAAAAUUCUUUGGUACUUUACUAUUUGGCCUGCUGAUUUUGGAAUUGACCAGAAGCCUGCAAAAGCCUUCUUUUAGGGUAGGCUGUUCCAGAUCAGUAGAUGGGUAUUAUAUGUACAAAUACAAUAUGUCCAGUUGGCAAUAGACAUUUUGGUCAAAUACUAAAUUACUACACCUCUAAAUAGUUUCAUGAAAUUCACCACUAGUCAGCAAGCACAGUUUUGCAAGGCUGCAUAAGAAUUGGUGAUUAAAGGAAGCACCUUCAUUUUCCCUGCUGUAGUAAAGCAGAAAGUACCACGUAGCUUACAUAUAAGGAGAUAUAAACAUUUAACUAAAGUUCAGAUUUUAUUAGGUUCAACCAUGUGUAAAAACUAUUUUCAUAGGUCAAAAACAGUCAAAUAUUAAUAGUUUAAUAAGGUUCAAGUUAAAUGUAGAUAUGCAUAUGUAUACAAAUAAUUUAGAGGUAUUUUGGUAAUAAUAAAGUAAUGUGCAAAUGGGCAGAAUUUAGUAUAUGGUAGAGAAAAUAUCAUAAAUGGACAAUAGAAAUUUAAAACCGAGGGAAGACACCAUUAGAAUUUCCUAUGGGUGUCAGAAGUACUCCCAUCCAAAACUGAUUCCUAAAAACAGUAUCUCCUAUUCUUUUUGAGAGAAAUUUUAAAUUCAUAAAUUGAUAUGAAAAUGGGCGUUUAUAUAAACUCGUGACUUUUCUUGUGGAAAUCCUGAGUACUUUGUGAAGAACAGAAAUGAUUAUGUUCUUAUGCAUCUGUCUGUGUGGGUCCGAGGGUGUAUAUACAGUUGAGAAGAGUCCUCCUGAUGCUUGAUAAGCCUGAGCAUAACUAAAAAUACGCAGUUGACCUGAGCCCUAAUUCACUGUUAUGCAUCCAAGCAUUACUCACACUUGGCCUGGCUCCCCUGAGGGUGCAAGGACAACUGCCAUGGGCUGAGGGAUAGUUAGUGCAGGUCACUCAGAUAAUGACCGUGUACUUACAACUUUACAACUGGUGAACAGUUAACCUGAUAGAAGAAGCGUGAUUUGUAACUGUGAGUUCUGGAAUCAUUGGAAGUUGCUUAGUCUCUUCUGUGAAGCUAAAGACUCAUAGUGCAGUAAUUACCCCCACAGGAUUAAAUUAAAAAAAAUAAAUUCACAAUAGAAAUAUACUGGAGAACUACCUGUAGCUGCUGGUGAACUCUGGUACAGAGUUUCUCAGACAAACUGAGGAAGACUUUUUCUAGACCAAGUGGUUCAAUAUGUUGUUUUCAAUGUUUCCAGUCCAAGAUGACCCUUGUACUCACUCCUUGGGAGUGGAAGAUAGUAUUAUUGGAACUAGUUUUACGUAGUUGAUGUAAAAAACGUUUUCAGUGCCAGCCCGGUGGCUCAGGUGGUUGGAGCGCCGAGCUCCUUAACGCCAAGGUUGCCGGUUCGAUUCCCACAUGGGCCAGUGAUCUGCUCCCUCUACAGGUAAGAUU